CUUAUUAAAAUAUUUAAAAACAGAGGUCUUAGCUGUAACUGGAUCCAUUUCAUGCGCAUUGCUGUAAGAAACGCUAUUUUAAGAUUUUGCUAUAUUGAUAGCAUGUUAUGUUUGGCUCCUCCUAACUCUCAAGACACUUUCAAACAGGUUAAAUUACUCUUUGCUGGAGAAAGGCAAGUAUGUGACCAGAUAUUCCAAGGCUUCGAUUCUCUUAGUGAUCAGUGUUUUGCACAAGUUACAGUGAGCAGUGUCUCAAUGCUACUUAGCUUUGGGGAUGCCAUAGCUAGGAGCAAGAGAUCUCCUGAAAAGUUGUUUGUACUCUUAGAUAUGUAUCAGAUCAUGCGGGAGCUUCAUACAGAGAUUGAGACAAUAUUCAAAGGUAAAGCAUGCGUUGAGAUUAGAGAUUCUGCUAUGGGGUUGACAAAGCGGUUGGCGCAGACUGCUCAGGAAACAUUUGGUGAUUUCGAAGAAGCUGUUGAAAAAGAUGCUACGAAGACUGAUGUUCUAGAUGGGACUGUCCACCCACUCACAAGCUAUGUCAUCAACUACGUCAAGUUCUUAUUCGACUACCAAGCGACGUUGAAGCAACUUUUCUUGGAAUUUGGAAAUGGGGAUGACUCAAAUUCGCAGCUAGCAUCCGUAACAAUGCGGAUAAUGCAGGCACUUCAAAACAACUUAGAGGGGAAAUCAAAACAGUAAACACACUUGUUCCUGAUGAACAACAUUCAUUACAUGGUUAGAUCUGUGCGCAGGUCAGAAGCCAAGGAUUUGUUAGGCGAUGAUUGGGUUCAAAGGCAUAGGCGUAUCGUUCAACAACAUGCAAACCUAUACAAAAGAACUGCUUGGACAAAGAUAUUACAAACCUCGUCGGCGCAAGGGUUGACCUCAUCCGGAGGAGGGAGUCUAGAGGGAGGAAACAGCAGCGGAGUUUCAAGAGGAUUAUUCAAAGAGAGAUUCAAGAUGUUCACUAUGCAAUUUGAUGAGUUGCAUCAGAGGCAAUCUCAAUGGACAGUUCCAGACACAGAGCUAAGAGAGUCACUAAGACUUGCUGUUGCUGAAGUACUAUUGCCUGCUUACAGAUCAUUCCUCAAACGCUUUGGGCCUCUAGUUUAGAACGGGAAGAAUCCGCAGAAGUACAUAAAAUAUACAGCUGAAGAUCUCGAGAGAUUGUUGGGUGAGUUGUUUGAAGGAAAGUCUAUGAAUGAACCACGCCGGUAAAAAACAAACAACCAAAGCUAAUUGUGUGUAAGGUAAAAAUUCUUUGAAACUCUUUUUUUCUUUGAUCUCAUUAGUUGCCAUUAUAUAUGGAGUGUGUGUCCACUUUUCCUGUUUGAUUGUAUUCUUUUUAGUUGACUGAUAAGUGUGUAAAUUACUCGGAAAGGGAGGUUGUUUCUCUUUUGUUUACGUUCACGUUUUAGAAAUAAUCAUAUGGCCUAAUAAGUCUAAAAGCACAAGUAUAUGACUUAUGAGAUCUCUUCAGUAUGAAAGAUUUCAUCAGAAAUUUAGAGCUUUUAAAAUGGCAUUUUAUAAUACUAUUUUGAAUCAAAAAUAAAGUUGAAAUGAAGUUGUUUUAAUUAAGUCGAUUAGUAACUCGUAAGGAUUUAUAGAGAAUUGUUAAGGUCAUAACAAAACAAAGAAUUCUAAAUUUAAUGCACAAAAGAAAUCAAAUCAUUUUUAAACAAAUAUGAAACCGACCACAACCUUGUUCUUGAACCAGACAAGACAAUAGAGCUCUGUCGACAUGCAUACCUAAGGCGAAAAAAGAGAGAAAGAAAUCGUUUUUAAUUAGUAAAAUAAUGCGUGAUGAGAUGGUUUUGUUGAUUAAUCACAUGUUUGGUAAUGGCAUAUUCCUUUUAGAAGAUCCAAAUUCUCCCAGCAUCUUUACAUGGGCUUGCUCAUUUCCAUCACCUCCUUCCACUUUUCCAAAAAUUAUAAUAAACAUAAUAAUUUCAUUUAUUUCAAUGUCAUCUUUACACCAAUGACAAUUCUUACUUUUAUUCCCCUUUACACCAAUAAUAUAUACAUCUUAUUUUAAUUUUUCCCACUUUUUGUUGUUUUAUACCCACUUUAAAAUUCUAUAUAUACUCUGAACUCAUAUACAGUUCUACAUACGAAUGCACUAUUCACAAAUAGUUUUAAUGUCGGUAUAAAUAGAUACACCAAGUGUUAUAUUUGUAUUCACUUUCGGAUACCGUCUAAGAAUAAUAAAAUAAUUUAUUAUUAACAGACACGAGAUACCGUGGUUACACUGAACUGAUUAAUAAUUACAAAAAAAUGUGUUAAAGAAAAAGUAGAAAGAACACUAUGACUUGUGCAAGACAAAGUGUUCUCAAUCUCUCUUUAAAUGUGUCUCCAAGACCAAACACAAAGAGAGAAAUCCACUAAAGCCCUAACAUCCAUUGUUGAAAUUCUCUUUGGCACAACACCAAACACAUCAUAUAUGGCCAUCCCCUAAAGAAAGUGAAGAUGAAGAACCCUCUGAUCGAUAUGAAGAUGUCACCAUAAAGGGCUUUGGAGGUUCGGAUUUCUCUUUAGGGGAUGGCCUAAACACACAAGAGUACUCACAAUAGGUGUUGUGUGAAUGAUAAUCAUCAUCAUUAUCUUUAUCAUUAUGUCGAUGAUGAGGAUUGUGGGUGAAUGGAGCGAUGAAGAUUGCAUGAAGGUUGAUGAAGACAAGCUUGAUUUGUCUUUUGUUAUCUCCCUCGUUAGGGCAACUUCGAUCCUUUGGCAAGCUUCGUUACUACUUACUUACUCUCUUUGAUCUCUUUGUCUAUGUGCUUCGUUUAGUUUGUUUACAGUUUUUUUUGCGUUAGCGUCUUGAAUUGUGUUAUGUUUGUGCUUGACAGCUUGAAUGUGUGUGUGGUGUUGUAAACUUGUAAUCCCCUGUGAUGCACCACUCAAGUGUGUUUUCCCUAUCUGUGUGAGGAAUAAACGAAUAUUCGGUUU